UUCUUUCACGGAAAACGCCUCCCGCCCCGGAAUUCAGCGGGCCAAAUCCGCGGACCCGCCGCGAAGGCGUCCAGAUUCUGCUGGAAUCUUCGAGGCGUGCCGCGCGCCCUCCCCGAUUUUAUAAGGGCCGUCGUGGUCCCGUCCCGGCCAUCGCCGUCGAUUCGCCUUGCAGGCAGGCCUCCGCUCGCCGCUCGCCGCUCCCCCUAGGUUUCAACCCUUAAGAAGCUCAAGAUGGCCGCCAAUGUUGGGGAAUCAGCGGCAGUUGGUGGCAGCAGCAGCGAUGCAGCUGGAGGGAGCUUCGAGUGCAAUAUUUGCUUUGAGUUGCCGCAAGAGCCAAUAGUAACUCUCUGUGGCCACCUAUUCUGCUGGCCGUGCCUCUACAGAUGGCUGCACAUGCACGCCAACACACCAGAGUGCCCUGUGUGCAAGGCCAUUGUUGAAGAAGACAAGCUUGUCCCCCUUUAUGGCCGUGGCAAGGACCGCGUCGACCCAAGGUCAAAGAACACGCCUGGAGGCGACAUUCCUCAGCGCCCAGCUGGCCAGAGGCCUGCUACAGCCCAACAGGCUGAUCCGAACAACAAUUUUGGCAACGCCCAUGCAAAUCCAUGGUUCAUGGGCAUGGGGGGCGCGGGGGCGGGGGCGGGAGUUCCACUGGCGAAUGGACGGUGGGGCAACUAUGCGUUCUCGGCUGCGUUUGGGGGCCUGUUCCCUAUGCUUAGCUUCCAAAUGCAUGGGUUCCCAGAUCCAGCUGCAUAUGCUCAGCCUGCCGGGUUUCACUAUGGGUUUGGUCACGGCCAUGGGUUCCAUGGCGGGCAUAUGGGGCACGCCCACGGCGUCCCCCGCCAAGGACCGCUAGGGCAGCAGCAGCAGCAGGCAGAUGUCUACCUGAAGGCCCUUCUUAUCAUGGUCGGAGUUCUUGUGAUCGCAAGCCUCCUCGCAGCUUAAAGUUGUUACUGCUAUCAUCAAAAUUGUGGUGGUGUUUGGUAGGAGUUGCCAGAGCAUACCUUUGGUGUAGGCUUAUCUCUACCAAGUGGGAGACGAGUUAAUUCUGUUCGUUCAUGUUUGUAUGAAGUGUCCAUGGAGUUUCUGUAUCUAGAUUUGGAUGGUGAUACAUCAUCCUGUGUUUUGUAGUUUUGACUCCUUUGAUUUGAUAAACGUGGUGUACAAUUGUUGGGAGGUCAUCUCCCCGUGUCUGUAACCUGUAUCAAUCUAGAUUGGACAGUGUAGAUGAGUACAUUUACAUGUAAUAAUCCUCAUGUUUGCACAAAGUGACAGUUCAUGUACCUUUUGACAGCAAGUUCAAGGUGUUGCCAUUCUUCGGAAAA